AUGGCGGACCACAGACCAAUAGAGGAGCUAAGGACUGACAGGAAAACUGCCAAAAGACUCUUUACUCGUAUGGUCAAUCAUGUCAGACGUGAAUUUGUGGACAUGUCCGCUGAUGAACUCAAGGAGAGCUUCAAAAAGCUCACUCUACAAGGCUCAAAGGUCAUGGAAGCCAAUGAAGAACUCCAAGCGGCUUAUAACGCAGAGGGCGCACAAGAGCUUGCAGAAGAGGAAAAGGCUGACAUAGAAAAGACGGAGCAGGAGUACGAGCAGAAGUCAAAUGAGCACCUAGAAGCUCUUAUCAAGGCAGCCAAAGACGCCCACCUACAGUGGAUUCGGUGGGGCCCUGCAACCGAGCAAGUCAACUUCAGAAACAGACUGAGAGAACUUGAAUUGACUCUGCCACGGCUGAUCUCAAAGAAAGUUCUGUUUAUCGACGCAGCCGGCCAUAGAGCGAGUGGAGAAUACAGACCACAGUCGGUGGUGGUGGUUGUGUGGCGUUGCGCGGGGGGUGGGGGCUAUUGGAGUGGGGUGGUUGAUGGGGGGAGUGGGGGGAGGGGGUGGGGUGGCCGGUGUGGGGGGGGGAAGGGGGUGGCGGGUAGGGGGGUGGGUGUGGGGCGCUUGUGGGUUGGGUGGUUGGUGUCGGGGUGUGCGUGUGGGGAGUGGGUGUGGGGGGUGGGGCGGGGGGAGAGUUGGGGUGUGAUGGGGGGUGGGGAGGUGGGGGGGGGAGGGGGUCAGUGGGGGGGUGGGGGUGGGUGUGGGAGUGGGGGGGGAUGCUGGGCGGUCGCGUGUGUGUGGGGGAGGUGGCGUGGGGGGUUGUGGGUGGUGGGGGGGGGCGGGGGCGGGUGGUGUGGGGCGGUGGCGUGGGGGUGUAGGGGGGGGGGGGGGGUGGUGGGUUGCGUGUGGUGGUACGACGUGGUUCGGUGGUGGGUGGUGCGGGGGGGGGGAUGCCUUAGGGGGGGAGGGGGGGAUGGGGGGAGUGGGGAGGGGGGGGUGACUUGGGGGGGGGGGAUGGUUUGGGGUGGGGUCGGGGGGGGGGGUGGUGGUGGGGUGGGUGGGAGGGUGUUGUUGGUGUGGGGGCGGGGGGGGGUUGGCGGUGGGGGCGGCAUGGAGGUGGGGGUGGGUGUUGGUGGGUAUGGGUUGGGGGGAUGUGGGGUGGGGGGGGGGGGGGUUGUGGGGGGUGGGGGUGGAUGCGGUGGGUGUGGGGGUGGGAUUGGGUGGUGGGUGGGGGGUUGGGGUUGGUGGGGGAGGGUUGGGGUGGAGGAUGGGGGGGGUGGGUGGGGCGGGUUGGGGGUUGUGGCGGUGGGUUGGGGUGGGGGGGGGGGUGGUGGGUGGAUGUUGAGUGGGCAAUGGGUGGGGGGUGGUCGUGGUGGGGGGGGUGGGGGGGGGGGGGGAGGUGGGGAUGGCGGAGGUGGGGGUGGGGGGGUGGGGUGUGGGUGGGGGGGGGCGGGGGGGGGUGGCGGGGGGGGUGUGUAUGUUGUGGUCUCUCGAGGUGUUGGGCGGGUGGGUGGGGGGUGGUGGUGGUUGCGGGGUGAAGGGGGGGCGUGGAGUGGGGGCGUGUGGGGGGGGGUGGGGAGGGGGGUCCGGGUUGGGGGGUGUGGGGGGGGUGGCGUGGGGGGGGGGGGGCGGAGGUGCGGUGGGAUGGUGUGGGGGUGGGGGGGUGGCUGGGACUGGUCGGUGGGUGGGGUGUGGGGGAUGGGGUUGGAGUAUGGUGGUGGGGUGGUGGGGGAGGUUGGGGUGGUGGGGUGUUGUGGUGGGUGGGUGGGUGUUGGGGGAGCUUGUGGGGGGGGGGGGCGUGGGGAGGGUGGGGGGGGGUAG